CUAGCCAUAACCACAACUUCCACCAAAGCUUUGGAACUUGGAAGAAGAAAAGAAAUCUACGGCUACAAUCGUCAACCACUCGCCAUAACCAGAAGAUAUUAGAAAGAAAAAGCCCCCUUCUUUCAUGGCUAAAACCUGAAAAACGAAAAACCCAACUUUAUUUUGUUUCAAUUUUGGCAAAACCAGUCAAUUUAUGGCCUCCAUAUCCAGCUGCUUCACUCUUCCACCCAAGCCUCGUGUCUACCUAAAACCCUCUAUUUUCCGAGAACUUCCCAAAAAAUUUCCCCUUUACCAAACACCCAUUUUCCCAGGACGCUCGGCUAAGUACAGGGGAUCUCAAACAUUUGUGCCGGUUGUCAGAGCUGGCAUUGAUGUAACGACCGCAAUCAGGCCUGGAGGUAUUGUUGAGAGCGAUAAAAUACCCAGUGAUGUCAGGAAGCGAGCUAUGGAUGCUGUGGACGCUUGUGGUGGAAGGGUUACUAUAGGGGACGUCGCUAGCAGGGCUGGGCUUAAGUUGAAUGAAGCUCAGAAAGCUUUGCAAGCUCUUGCUGCUGAUGCUAAUGGUUUCCUAGAGGUCUCUGACGAAGGUGAUGUUCUCUAUGUUUUCCCAAAAGAUUAUCGAGCAAAGCUUGCGGCCAAAUCAGUGAGGAUAAAGCUUGAACCUUUCUUUGAAAAGGCUAAGGCUGGAACUGAGUAUAUAGUUAGAGUGUCUUUUGGCACUGCUCUAAUUGCGUCUAUUGUUAUUGUUUAUACCACAAUCAUCGCUAUUCUUUCUAGUAAGAGUGAAGAAGAUAAUCGGGGAAGACGAGGAAGAUCAUAUGAUUCAGGAUUUACUUUUUUCUUAAGUCCAACUGAUCUCUUUUGGUACUGGGAUCCAAAUUACUAUAGAAGGCGAAGAAUACAAGUAGAUGAUGACAACAAGAUGAACUUUGUUGAAUCUAUUUUCUCAUUUGUAUUUGGGGAUGGUGAUCCAAAUCAAGGAAUUGAAGAAGAGAGAUGGAAGUUGAUUGGCCAGUACAUAACAUCUAAUGGUGGUGUGGUUGCAGCCGAGGAACUUGCUCCAUAUCUUGACGUAGAAACUUCAGGAAGAUCCACAGAUGAUGAUUCGUACAUCUUACCUGUUCUUUUACGGUUUGAUGGUCAACCUGAAAUUGAUGAAGAGGGAAAUAUUCUGUAUAGAUUUCCGUCUCUCCAGCGCACGGCUUCUUCUCAAAGGAGUGGAAGAAAGGAAUAUGUUGGCAGGAAAUGGACUGAUUGGGUUGGAGGGGUUGAGAAAUUUUUCAAGGAGAAGAAACUGCAAUUCAGCAAAACUAGCUCUUCUGAGAGAGCGUUGGUCAUUGGACUGGGUGGGCUCAAUCUUUUUGGGGUUAUAAUUCUUGGAACUAUGUUUAAGGAAAUUUCAAUUCCACCAAGUGGCUUUAUUAAAUUUGCAGCUGACAUAUUUCCUCUACUUCAGGUCUAUGCUGGUUCUUUCUUUGCGAUUCCCUUGUUCCGGUGGUUUUUCUUGCGUAAUAAGAAUGGUCAGAUAGAGAAGAGAAACCGUGCAAGAGAACAACGAGCCCGGGCACUUGAGCUUCCAGAUAUCUCUCUAAGGCGAAAGCUUCUCAGCGCCCGGGACAUGGCUCAAAGAACAGUAAUAGGACGGGAUCAAAUCGUAUAUAGUACUGACAAAGAUUUUGUUGAGCAAGACUACGAGGCUCGAGAAUGGGAUCGAAGAUUUCGGGAGAUAGAGAAAGAUUAAGACGGGGUUUCAUGAAAAACAGGAUCUCGCUGCUUCACCUGGCAUUUAGCAGAGCUUUCAAGUGUCAUAGAGGCAUAGAUAGCACUUGCAAAUAUAUUUGUCCCAUUUGUUGCUGCUGUCAUAGAAAUUCAACCUUGUAAAUAGAGCUUGUACUUUUCAAGGGAAAAAAGAGCUGACACUUUUGCAUAAUCUCAAAUAAUAUGUUAUAAAUGAUUGGAGGAAGUGUUGUUCUACCUUAUCAAACUACUUGGUCGUAUGGGCUUGGGAAGAGCAACGUCAAAUUUGGAUUUUAUUGGCGUUUAUAAUUAGACUAAUACUAAUCGUACUUGUAUCUGAUUAAAGAAUAAAAACAAAGCCUUCCCCCAAUAAACGGUUCAAAGUUGGAGGUGUACUGUUUUAA